CGCCCCGCGCCGCCGCUGUGCGCCGCCGCCGCCGCCCCCGCGCGCAGCCAUUGCGGGCAGGCCCCGGCGCUGCGGCCCGGCCGCCCGGGGACAUGGUGCGGGGAUGGCGGGAGCCGCGCACACGUUCCCGCUGCACCGCCUCGUCUGGCACAACCGGCACCAGGCGCUGGACAGCGCCCUGCGCUCCGGAACGCACGACGUGGAGCUGCCGGACCCGCGGGGCCGGACGCCGCUGGAGCUGGCGGUGGCGCUGGGGCACCUGGAGUCGGUGCGGGUGCUGCUGCGGCACAACGCGAACGUGGGCCGCGAGAACGCCGGCGGCUGGACCGUGCUGCAGGAGGCCGUGAGCACCGGGGACCCCGAGAUGGUGCAGCUCGUGCUGCAGUACCGAGACUACCAGCGGGCGACGCGGCGCCUCGCCGGCAUCCCCGAGCUGCUCAGCAAGCUGCGGAGGGCAUCCGACUUCUACGUGGAGAUGAAGUGGGAAUUCACCAGCUGGGUGCCGCUGGUGUCCAAGGUGUGCCCCAGCGACGUGUACCGCGUGUGGAAGCGCGGCGAGAGCCUGCGCGUGGACACCACGCUCCUGGGCUUCGAGCACAUGACGUGGCAGCGCGGGCGCCGCAGCUACAUCUUCAAGGGGGAAGAUGAAGGAGCAGUGGUGAUGGAGGUGGACCACGACAAGCAAGUGGUCUACACGGAGACACUGGCGCUGGCCCUGCACGAGCCCGACCUGCUGCUGGCGGCCAUGCAGCCCUCCGAGGAGCACGUGGCCGGGCGGCUGACGUCCCCCAUCGUCUCCACGCACCUCGACACCAGGAACAUCGCCUUCGAGAGGAAUAAGUCUGGGAUCUGGGGCUGGCGCUCGGAGAAGAUGGAGGUGGUGAGCGGCUACGAGGCCAAGGUGUACAGCGCCAGCAACGUGGAGCUGGUCACCAAGACCAGGACCGAGCAUCUCUCCGACCAGGACAAGUCCCGCAGCAAAGGCUCCAAGACCCCCUUCCACUCCUUCCUGGGCAUCGCGCAGCAGCACAGCACCCACAAUGGGGCGCCCGUGCUGCAGGCCGCCAGCCCCACCAACCCCACGGCCAUCACCCCCGAGGAGUACUUCGACCCCCACUUCGACCUGGAGACCCGCAACAUCGGGCGCCCCAUUGAGAUGUCCAGCAAGGUGCAGAGGUUCAAGGCGACGCUGUGGCUGUGCGAGCAGCACCCGCUGUCGCUGGCGGAGCAGGUGACCCCCAUCAUCGACCUCAUGGCCAUCUCCAACGCGCACUUCGCCAAGCUGAGGGACUUCAUCACCCUCAAGCUGCCCCCCGGCUUCCCCGUCAAGAUCGAGAUCCCCCUGUUCCACGUGCUCAACGCCCGCAUCACCUUCAGCAACCUCUGUGGGUGCGACCAGCCCCUGGGCUCCGUGCGGGUGUGCGCCCCCCCGCAGCCCCCCGGCACCCAGCCCCCCGGAAACAGAGGCUGGCCCUUCCCGUGCGAGGUGGAGGCGGGGGUGUUCGAGGUGCCCGCGGGGUACACGGUGCUGGGCGCGGGGCGCAGCGAGCCCCUGCGCGACGAGGACGACGACCUCCUGCAGUUCGCCAUCCAGCAGAGCCUGCUCGACGCCGGCACCGAGACCGACCAGGUGACGAUUUGGGAGGCGCUGACCAAUACCCGCCCGGGCAGCGACCCGCCGCCCUAUGACGAGGAGCUGCAGCUGGAGCGGGCCCUGCAGGAGAGCAUGCUGCUGCAGGCGGGCCCCAGCGCCGAGACCCUGCCCGCCGGGACCCCCCCCGGUGCCGGUGGUGGCGGCCCCCCGGUGCCCCCCGGUUACGGCAGCUUCGCGGAGCAGCUGCGCUUGGCCAUGGCGCUGUCGGAGCGGGAGCAGGAGGAGCGGGAGCGGCGCCGGCGGGAGGAGGACGAGGAGCUGCAGCGCAUCCUGCGGCUCUCCCUCACCGACAAGUAGAGCCCGGGGGUGCUCUGCACGGCAGAGGGGUGACCCGUACGUGGGGACGCCCCGCGUGGGGUGGGGGCACCCCGGUGGCACCGCGUCGCCUCGGGGACAUCAGGCGUGGGGUCACCCUGGCGUGGGCAUCAUCCCGCGUGGGGACACCCCAACUUAGGCAUGGCCAGGGCCGCGAUGGCACCCCCAUGUCGGGACCCCCCAUGGAUGAGGGCAUAGCUCCCGCAUGGGGGGCGUUGAUCCAGGGAUCCUCCUAUCCCCAGGACCCGCAACCCAGGGGUCCUCUCCCUCCAGGCUCAAGUCUCAGCCCAGGCACCCUGAUCUGGGGACUGCCCCCCACCCCAGGGGCACCCCUGUCCCCAGGAUCCCCACCCUAGGGACCCCCCUUUCUCUUCAGUGUUGUACAUUGAUCCCGGGGGGGGGGGGGCAGGAUGGAGCUGGGGGGCCCCGUGGGAUGCGGCUGAGCCCCAUUUAAAGGCACCCCAGGGUUGGGUGCUGAGGGGACAGGCAGGGAACCCCCAGGCCUCAUCCCUUGGGGGCAGUGGGGGGGCCCUUUGUAUGUACAUAUACAUAUACAUAUAUAUAUAUA